AUGACACCCUCGAACCCUAUGGACUUCGUUACAAAGGUCAUUGGACAUGCUCGCAAUGAAGUUAUCGGAAUCCUGAACCCAAAUCGGCGUCACGACGACCCAGAGGAGCAGGCGCAGGAUGCGUUGAGGGCUGAGAUUCGUGCUGGACAUCGGUUCACCAGUUUCGCUGCCGAGAGGUCUGGUAACACCGCGAAAUGGCAUGUCGAUGGGCAUGACUAUAUGUGGGCGGUCUCUGAGCUGAUCGAUAAGGCGGAAGAGUUUAUUUUUAUCAUGGAUUGGUGGCUUACUCCCGAGUUGUAUCUUCGUCGCCCUCCUGCGUAUUACCCGGAAUGGCGUCUCGACUACCUUCUGAAGAGAAAGGCUGAGCAAGGAGUCAAGAUCCAUGUAAUUGUGUACAAAGAGGUUACUCAAACGAUGUCCAUGAGCUCUAAGCAUACUAAAAACAAGCUGGAGAACCUCCACCCGAAUAUCACUUGCAUGCGCCAUCCCGACCACAUCGGCGCGAAAGACAGCGUCCAGUUCUGGUCUCACCACGAGAAGGUUGUCGUCGUCGAUAACCACUAUGCCGCAGUUGGCGGUCUUGACCUCUGCUUCGGACGCUGGGAUACCCACACCCAUCCUCUUGCCGAUGUUCAUCCCACCGACUUCUCGAAGACGCUGUUCCCUGGCCAAGACUACAACAACGCUCGCAUUAUGGACUUCAAGGAGGUCUAUGACUAUGUUAGCAACACGCUCUCCAUACAAGAUAACGCCAGGAUGCCUUGGCACGACGUGCACAUGACACUGCAAGGAGAUGCCGUCUUGGAUAUCUCCCAGCAUUUCGUCGAACGCUGGAACGAGAUCAAGAAACGGAAGUACCGCGAGAAGGAGAACAUUGCCUGGUUGGCCCUCCCUCAUGAGCCAGAACAUGCGCCUAACGAGGCUGCUGCUCGCCAUCCUCAUCUCCAGCAUUGGCGUGAGAUUGGCCACAAGUACACCCAACGCUGGCACGGUCCCUCUAGACCUGAAGAUGCAGAUGGGGAUGAUCGUAAUCGAGGGCAAGGGCGCGGUCGCAGGGGACAGUGCAGGGUUCAGGUCAUUAGGAGCGUCUCGGAUUGGUCUCACGGAGUCUUGACUGAGCACAGUAUUCAGGAUGCUUACAUCCAGUUAAUCAAAGAAGCUGAACAUUACAUCUAUAUUGAAAAUCAGUUCUUCAUCUCUAACACCAAGACCGGAUGCUCCGUUACGAAUCAGAUUGGCGCUGCCCUCGUCGAACGUAUUGUCCGUGCCGCUAUUGAGGGCAAGAAAUUUAAGGUCGUCGUUGUCAUUCCUGAGGUUCCUGGAUUUGCCGGUGAUAUCAAAUCUGAGAGCGCGAUAAAGACUAUAAUGGCUGCUCAAUAUCGUAGUAUCAAUCGCGGUGGCAGCAGCAUCUAUGAAGCAAUUCGCAAAGCCGGAUAUGAGCCGAUGGACUACAUUCGUUUCUACCACCUCCGAUCUUACGACAGGAUUAAUGCUCCAAAGGGCUUCAUCCAGCAGAUGGAGCGUAACUCAGGUGUCACCUUCCACGAAGCACAAGUUGCCCUUUCCCGUCAAUGGGUUGCUGGCGACCAGCUUACAACCCAGAAAGAGAUCAUCCUCAGCAUCCCACAAGAGGAGGGCCUGGUACCAGCCGAUAAACCUCCGGUCACUGAGAAGGUUCCUAUUCCUGUGGAUGAUAACGCCGCCAGGGAGGUCGUAGCGAGGUUCGAGCGCGGUGCUCAAGGCCUUCGCUCAGACGACCAAGUCUCCGACACCGUUUCCCAGCAUAUGUUGGACGAUAGGACCUCACUAUUCGAUGAAACUUGGCUUGGUACAGAGGAAGAGGAGCUCAACGCCUAUGUUUCUGAGCUCUUAUACAUCCAUUCGAAGCUGAUGAUCGUCGACGACCGUCGUGUUAUCAUGGGGUCCGCCAACAUCAACGACCGUAGUCAGAAGGGUGACGGAGACUCAGAAAUUGCCCUGGUGGUUGAAGACGACGACAUGAUCGAAUCCACGAUGGACGGCCAGUACUACCCAGUUGCUCGUUUUGCCGCCACUCUUCGUCGACAACUUUACAAGGAGCAUUUGGGCAUGAUCCCCCCUCAAAAUUGCGACACCCGCGAUCAUGAGGUGACCCCGUUCAUGCGCCCAGCGCCAUACCCCAGCAACGAUGAGACCCACAGCGAUGAAGAUCGCCUUGUAGCCGAUCCUAUCAGCGACGAGACCGACAAUCUCUGGAAGGAGGCAGCUAGAAAGAAUCGCGAAAUCUUCUCAGAACUCUUCCGACCUAUCCCAACCAAUCUCGUUCGUAGCUGGGAUGCGUAUGAGAACUAUCGUCCUAAAGUCAAGACGGGCCACGUAGCUCCCGGCAUUACCCUCGAGCGCCUGAAGACGCGUCUCAACCAGGUCAAAGGAGCAUUGGUCGAGUGUCCCCUGGACUUCCUCAUUGAUGAUAAAGAUUUUGUCACUGGGCCAGAAUGGACCGUUCUUAACCCUACACUUCCGAUUUACAUCUAA